AUGUCAAACGACUACCGCUUAUUCAGCAUAAUUUGCAAAACAGCCAAAAAGCGGUCCCAAGGUCAUCGGAUCACAGAGAACGUUUUUGCCAGAUCGGCACAGGACAGCUUGUCCCGCCACGCUCUUGAAAUUCUUGCAAAGGGCAUCUUGUUGGAGACCAAGAAGACCCAGGAGGAGGCAGCUGAAGAGAAAACAACGGGAAAAGCUUAA